AUGACGCAACAUGAGGGAGGAAUCGGUUUGCCACGUCGGUCUCCGAGUUGAGAAGCCCGUGCACGGUGCAGUUGCUCAACUAGCUGGAUAACUUUUCAUCUUGUAUUUUCAUAAUACUGGAAACAUUAUUUCAGCGUUUUACCGCCCAUUUUAAACAAAGAGCUGCUCCUUAUUAGACGACUCGGACCACAUUUCUAGGAGAGAAACAAAUGUUCGCUCUCGGCUCAUUUUUUCACCACGAUUGACUGAUGUCUCUGCGUGCACACCAUCCGUUUCUAAUUGAUGUUGGCCGGGCCGCGCUGGGCGAGGCCGUGAGCACGUGGUCACUGGGAGGCGCUGCUGGGCUCGUGGUGCCGGUGGUCGCAGUGGGCGCCCGACAUGCCUGGGGGCCGCAGGGGUCCGAGUAGACAGCAGCUAAGCCGCACAGCGCUGCCCUCCCUGCAGACACUGGUGGGGGGUGGGCUCAGCAACGGCACAGGCUCCAGGAGCAGAAGCAGUAAUUCAGUGGGUCUCUCAGCCCCACCCCUCACCACGCUGAUCACGCCAGAGCCGGUCCGCCACUCUCGCAUCCCCGACCUGCCCCUGGACAGCAGUCUGCUGUUCGAGUUCCUGCUGUUCCUCUACCUGCUCGUGGCACUCUUUGUGCAGUACAUCAACAUCUACAGGACGGUGUGGUGGUACCCACACAGCCACCCUGCUGCCUCUACCUCGCUGAACUUCUAUCUGAUGGACUACCACCUGGCCAUCUUCAUCACUGUAAUGCUGGCCAGAAGAUUAGUGUGGACCGUUGUGUCAGAGGCAUCGCAGACGAGCCCAUCAUCGUUUGCGCAGUACGUGUUCCUCAUCGUGGCUCGGCUCAGCCUGCUCACACUCUGUGGCUGGGUUCUAUGCUGGACCCUCGUCAACCUCUUCAAGACCCACUCAGUCCUCAACCUGCUCUUCCUGGGCUACCCGUUCGGCGUGUACGUGCCACUGUGCUGCUUCCACCAGGAGGGCCGGGUGCAGACAUCGCCGGCGGACUGCGGUUUCGCGGAGCAGGAAGGCGCUGACGGCUUGCUGCUGCGGCCCAAGGACUUCCUGGCGCUCUUGCGUGAGAACCUGAGAGAGCAGUUCUCGAGCCCCGCCCACGUGCCCGCUCACACCUGCCUGCCCUCACCCGAACUUAUCCGGAGCGAAGUGGAGGAGCUGAAGAGCGACUUUAACCGCCGCAUCAAAGAGGUGCUCUUCAACUCGCUCUUCAGCGCCUACUACGUGGCCUUCCUCCCGCUGUGCUUCGUCCAGAACACGCAGUACUACGACAUGCGUUGGUCCUGUGAGCAUCUCAUUAUGGUGUGGAUCAAUGCCUUCGUCAUGCUGAUGAGCCAACUGCUGCCACCCAGCUACUGCGACCUGCUGCACCGCUCGGCUGCACACCUGGGCCGCUGGCAGCGGCUAGAGCACGGCUCCUACAGCAAUGCGCCGCAGCACAUGUGGUCUGAGAGCACUGUGUGGCCUCAGGGUGUGUUGGUUCGACACAGCCGCUGUCUCUACAAGGCCGUGGGGCCCUGCAACGUGGCCCUGCCUUCUGACGUCUCCCAUGCUAGGUUUUAUUUCCUGUUCCAUAAACCAUUGCGGAUCCUGAACCUGCUGAUCGGGAUCGAGUCGAGCGUAGUGCUGUACCAGCUUUACUCCCUGCUGCGCUCCGAGCGCUGGAACCACACGCUCUCACUGGGCCUCAUCCUCUUCUGCAACUACUACGUGCUCUUCAAGCUGCUUCGCGACCGCAUCGUGCUGGGCAAGGCUUACUCUUACCCACUGGGUGGCAGCAGCAGCCUGGGCCUCAAGUCCCAGUGAAGCGCCCCCCCCCCCCCCCCCCCCCCCCCCCCCCCACCAGAGUGACCAAGGCUGGGAUUUGCCCAGUGGACGGUUCCUGGAGGAGCGGGGAAUGCCUGAGAAAAGGGGUGCAGAGGAAAGACUGUGAACUCCAGCAGUUUUUUUUUGUUUUUUGUUUUUUUUUUGAUACGGUUCUAUUUUCAUGCAAUGUUUGUAUCUAUUUAAGAAAAUAUUUUAUUUUGUAUACUGUUACACAAACGAACACGGGGCAUUACGUUUUUUUCGGCGUGAUGUCAUUUCCUCCCCUACGAGAAAUUUUUUUUGGGUGGGGGGCAGGGGGCAGGCAAAAAGGGGGGGAGUAGGGGGGAAAUGAGGGAAAGGAGUGUCGAGGCCUUGUAGCAUGCAUCUCACAUGAUGUCUAAAUUCUGCCAAAGAUGCUCUUAAGAAUAUACAGGCAGCCAGUCAAGAGUGAGGCUCAACCAGCCAAUCAAGAUAGAAGCCUGAGAACAGAAGAAAUCUAGUGUGUGGCCUGAAUAGUGAAUGCUGUUUAAUUUGUUUCAAUGCAUUGCUGUAUUUUAUGAUCAUUAUCUGUUCAUAGACUGCUACUGGUGCAUUUAAUCAGACAGUUUUUUCUAUAAAUGUCAGACAUGCUCCGUCAGGUCAGCCCUAUUGCUUUUUGAAGCUUAAGCCUAAGUGACUUUAUUUCAUGUUCAUUCAUGUUUAUCUCCGUGCCAAAUCCCAGGAUGCUGUGGCAGCCUUUUACAUUUAUGGCAUUUAGCAGAUGCUCUUAUCCAGAGCGACUUACAAAAGUGCUUUGUCAUUUACUCAUAGAAUACAUCCUAGUACAGCAUGUUAGAAUAAACAUACCAACGAACUAGAAUACAGGGAUGAAUGCUGAUACCUAGCAGUACUGGUUGCUGGUUUUUUGGUUGGUUGCAUUUCUGGUUGCAUUCCACAUUGCUAAUGGGCGUGUCUAUUUGGAUGCAAGGCGGGGCUCAAAGUCUGUCGAGCCUGCAGUAUUUGACAGUGCAGCAUUAUUUCAAAAUGCCAUGGCAUCCAGAAUAAACAAAAACAGUUCCACUUUU